CCCGGGCGGCGGGCGGGCCGGCGGUAGCGGCUGGUGGGAAUCACUAAAUUGAACAGCAAUAACCAUGGGAGAUGCUGCAAAACCUUGCUUUGCUAAAAAAAAAAAAACCCAGGAAAUUUUGCAUCAAGAAGAAUUGAAAGGAAGUCCCCUACAGAAAGACUACCAAGGCAUGGAUGAAUAUGGAAUUAGCUAUAGCAAUAAAAUCGAUACCAGCCUGCAAAAGAAAAAGGGAGCUUUAGGUCAUUAUGGAAGCAGUCCCAGGCGAGGGCCACGAAGUGUUUUGAGUAGCCCAAAUUCACUUAAAAAGACAACUUACAGUCAAGGGUCGACGUUAAAUGAUAUCCAAAGAGACCAAACGACGUGGGUAUCUGAUGACCACCAUGGUACUUCUGACACAUGGAAAGAGUAUCGUUCUGCUGCCUGGGUUCCUGGGCAUGGCAGGACAAGAAAGGACUCUUCUCACGAGGUGGAAGGUGCUGGAAACAGAAAUGGAAGAAGACAACUUCAGGAAGAUUUAAUGAGCAAAGAUGUGCCAGACAUGCAGAAAGGAAGUUCUGAAAUGAAGAAGCUUAGAAAACCAAGAAGACCAAGAAGAGCUAGAAAAGAUGAGUAUGAUCAUGAUGAAGUGGAAAGUCCGGUAAUAGAUGAAUCUAUGCUGUCAGCAAAAGAACUUCUGGGGCUGCAGCAAGCUGAAGAACGAUUGAAGCGAGACUACAUUUGUAGACUGAAGAAGCAACCUCGAAGUUACCCGUCAGCAAAAUACACCUGCAGAUUGUGUGAUGUUUUGAUUGAGUCGGUGGCUUUUGCUCAUAAGCAUAUUAAAGAAAAAAGACACAAGAAAAGCUUGAAGGAAAAACAAGAAGAACAGUUGCUGACUGCUCUUCCUCCUCCAACGCCUUCUCAGAUACAAGCUAUUGGUGUUGCUAUUGAAAAUGUUGUGCAGCAGUUUGGCUUAAAUAAUGAAGAUCUAGAAGAAAGGCUUAACAUUAAAACAAUGAUGGAAAACUUGCUGCGUCAAAAAUUGCCAGAGUGCUCAUUAAGAUUGUAUGGCUCCUCCUACAGCAGAUUUGGUUUCAAGACUUCAGACAUAAACAUAGAUACCCAGUUUCCUGCCAAUAUGACUCAACCAGAUGUUCUUUUGCUUGUGCAAGAAAGUCUCCAGAACAGUGAAUCUUUUACGGAAGUUGGUGCAGAUUUCCAUGCUAGAAUACCAGUGGUGGUGUGCAGAGAAAAGCAAAGUGGCCUUAUUUGUAAAGUGAGUGCGGGGAAUGAGAAUGCUUGUCUGACAACAAACCAUUUGGCUACACUUGGAAAGCUGGAACCUACUAUUGUACCUUUAGUGAUUGCCUUCAGGUAUUGGGCAAAGUUGUGCUGUGUUGAUCGUCCGGAAGAGGGAGGCUUGUCACCUUAUGUGUUCGCUUUAAUGGUUAUUUUCUUUCUACAACAGAGGAAAGAGCCUUUUCUGCCUGUCUACUUGGGAUCAUGGAUUGGAGGAUUCUCAUUAAACAAAUUAACUAAUUUUCAUCUGAGAGAAGUCAAGAACAAUGCUGUGAUUUGGGAGCAUAACCCCAUUGAUGAUUCUGAUUUACCACAAGAAACUUCCCCUAGAAGGGGCAAGGUUCCGUUAGUGUUUGAUUUAGGUCAGCAGUGUUCAGCACCUGUUGGUCAGCUCUGGCUUGAACUGCUUCGUUUCUAUGCUUUGGAGUUCAGUAUGGCUGAUUUGGUUAUUACCAUACGACUCAAGGAACCAGUGUCUCGUGAAUUAAAGGACUGGCCUAAAAAGCGCAUUGCUGUGGAAGACCCAUAUUCAGUCAAAAGGAAUGUGGCAAGAACUCUGAACAGCCAGCUAGUGUAUGAGUAUAUUCUUCACUGUCUGAGAGCAACUUAUAAGUAUUUUGCCUUGCCUCACAAAAGAAGUGCAAAAUGGAGCAAAAUGCCCACUUCAAAUGAAAGUGAGGAGAAAUCCCAGAUGCUGGACCAUGAAAAAGAUGCUAUAAAGCAUGAAGAUUCUGAUUUGCAAAACUUGGAUGCUAGAAACACAGCCACAGUAGAAGAUUGCAUAAUAGAGAAUACAUGUAUGCCCAAGGAACAUAAAAUUGGUCCUUCAAAACUGUGUGAUGCCUCAGAAAGUUUCACAGAAGAAUUGGCUGAUGAUAUAAGUCAUCUGGGAAUUACCCAUGAAGACUCAGACUGUAUAAUUGAGGAAAUUAUUUCUGGAGAUAAUGAGGAUUUUAAACCUAGCUGUGAAGAGACAGAGAGUGAAAAUGAAGAUGAGGAAGAGGAGGAAGAGGAAGAACAUGAACAACAAAAAAGACAAUGGAAUAGUAUUUUGGCUGCUGAGCAGGCUAUUGAUGAAGACAGUGACAGUGGAGAGCUCCCUGCUAUGGUGAAUGAGCACAACAUAGAGACAUGUAGUACUUCAGACUUCGAAGGUUUUCAACACACUGCACUUACAGAGAGUGAUGAGUUUGGCUUGGAGUGUCAUGGUAUAACAGAUAACAAGAUUGACAUUGAUGAGGAUAGUAGUACUGAAGAUACUGAUGAACUGGAUGAAUCCCCACAAAAAUUCCUACGUUCAGCACAGAGUCAGGUAUCCCAAAUGAUUAACACAGAUGAUGAGGAGGAAGAAGAGGAAGCACCAAGUCUUCUAAAUCAGAGAGAAUGCAGUGUUACCAUUAGACCUGGAGGUGAACUAGAUAACACGUGUACUGGAUCUGGAGAUGAUGAUGCACUGUCAGAGGAAGAUGAUGAUUUUUCCAUCCCCAGUAAAUAUGAAAACAAACAUUUCAAAGAAAUUGUAGAUGCACCUGUGAGGAUCAGUUUGAGUCAAGAAUAUCUUACUGGGAAGGGAAGCCACUCUGAAGAUACUGCAGCAGUUGAACAGAGCUUAGAAUCUGAACUUUUUUAUCAGUUCAGUAAACAAGCAUUUACAAAGGGCAAGUCUCCUACAGUAGUGUGUAGCUUGUGCAAACGGGAAGGUCAUUUAAAGAAUGAUUGUCCAGAAGACUUCAAGAAAAUUGAACUUGAACCACUGCCACCCCUGCCACCCAAGUUUUCAAUUAUUCUAGAUCAAGUUUGUGUCCAGUGUUACUAUGAUUUUGCUCCAAAUAUAGUAGAAGAUUACGCUCGGGAACAUAUAAGACAAAGCUUGGAAAUCUUCAUUAGACAGGAUUUCCCAGGAACCAAGCUGGAUUUGUUUGGCUCCUCAAAAAAUGGCUUUGGCUUCAAGCAAAGUGAUCUUGAUAUCUGUAUGACAAUAGAUGGUCUGGAAACUGCUGAGGGACUUGAUUGCAUCAGAAUCAUUGAAGAUUUAGCGAAAGUUCUCAAGAAACAGUCAGGUUUAAGAAAUGUCUUGCCUAUAACAACUGCUAAAGUCCCAAUUGUCAAAUUUUUCCAUGUCAGAAGUGGUCUUGAAGUAGACAUCAGUUUAUAUAAUACUCUGGCCUUGCAUAACACUAGACUUCUGUCAUCAUACGCAGCUAUUGAUCCUAGGGUAAAAUAUCUGUGUUACACAAUGAAAGUCUUUACAAAGAUAUGUGACAUUGGAGAUGCAUCUCGAGGUAGCCUGUCAUCUUAUGCAUAUACUCUUAUGGUGCUUUAUUUUCUUCAACAGAGAAAUCCACCAGUCAUCCCUGUACUUCAAGAGAUCUACAAAGAACCAAAAAAGCCUGAAAUUUUGGUUGAUGGCUGGAAUGUAUAUUUCUUUGAUAAGAUAGAGGAGUUGUCAGUUGUUUGGCCAGACUAUGGGAAAAACACUGAAUCUGCUGGGCAGCUGUGGCUGGGACUUCUCCGAUUCUACACGGAAGAAUUUGAUUUUAAAGAGCAUGUCAUCUGCAUCAGGAGAAAAAAUCUGCUUACAACUUUCAAGAAGCAGUGGACCUCCAAAUAUAUUGUAAUUGAAGAUCCCUUUGAUUUGAACCACAAUCUUGGAGCUGGAUUGUCAAGAAAAAUGACAAAUUUUAUAAUGAAGGCUUUUAUCAAUGGCAGAAGGGUAUUUGGUACCCCCAUAAAAAUAUUUCCUAAAGAAUACCCAUCAAAAAUGGAGUACUUUUUUGAUCCUGAGGUACUAACGGAAGGAGAAUUGGCACCAAAUGACAGAUGCUGCAGAACUUGUGGUAAAAUUGGCCAUUUCAUGAAAGAUUGUCCCAUGAGACGAAAACUAAGACGGCAUCGUGAUUAUGAAGGUACACAAAAGUAUGGAGAAAUCAAGGAGAAGAGAAGCAAAGAGGACAAAGAAAUACAGAAUAAACCAACAGAAAAGGAGAACUUAAUCAAGGAGGGAAAGUCACACCUAUGUACACCUCAGAAGAGGAAACUAGCAAGGGUAAUAGUGGAAACUGGAAGAGAGAAGGCUCCCAGGCAAUCUGCAGAGAAAUGGAAGCACCUGGAAGACAGAGACAUAAGAGAAAAACGUUGUUUUAUCUGUGGGAGAGAAGGUCAUAUUAAAAAGGAAUGCCCACAGUAUAAAGGAGUUGCAGAUGGCUCAAAACCAGAAAUGUUGGGUGGAUCCCCUUCUUUACCCACUGCUGUCAAACAUCCUGGUAGAUCAAAUCAGGGAGUGCUUAUGCAUGAAGAAAAAAAGAAAAAAAAAGGAAAAGUAUUUUUGAGUCCCCAGUCAGGCAGCCUUUCCAAUAAAUACAUGACUCAGGGAAAAGCCUCACAGAAGAGGACCCAGCAAGAAUCAUGAGGGAUAUUAAGCACUGAUAAAUUGCAACACAGAUCCACUUAAAAGAAACGUCUUUGGCUAAAGCAUC